AUAUAAUCUAUAGUUCAACAUAUGAUACGCGUUUUUUGGGGGGACAAAAUUUGUUUACAAUCUCUAUGGUGGGGUAGGGGUGAGAAUCGUAAGUCAUUUGCCACAUUCAACUUAUUCCUCAAUCAAUACUCGCAACACCUCCAUGACUGGACUCUCAACCAAGCCACAAGGAGGAAAAUAUCCCGCUCUUUCUCAAGAAGAGGAAGGUUUUUGGAAAGGACCUUUCGUAUUUAUUCAUGGCGCUGAUACGCAGUUAGGCUUAAAGGACAGUUACAACGGUAUAGCUGAACACGAACGAAGUUGGAAGGAUGAAAUUGAAUGGGCAAAAGUUGCCGUCAAGGCUGCAAACGAGAUGCGUCCAAAGCCAAGAUUUUUUGUUGUAUGUGGAGACAUGAUCGAUGCUUUUCCCGGUACGAGAAAUUACGACGAGCAGUAUCGAGAUUUUAAGACAGUUUUUGAUGAAUUAGAUAAUGAAAUUCCGUUGAUAUGUGUCUGUGGAAAUCACGAUAUUGGAAAUCAACCAACUGUCGAGGGCAUUUCUAAAUAUAGAAACAGCUAUGGAGAUGAUUAUUACAGUUUUUGGGUUGGUGGUGUUUUCUUCAUCACCAUCAACAGCGAGUACUACAGAGAUAGCUCAUUGGUGGAGUCUCUGAAAGACAAACAUGAUACAUGGUUUGAUAAACAGCUAGAACUAGCUCCAACAGCUAAACACACUGUUGUAUUUGUGCAUAUUCCAUUGUUUCUAAAUGCUGAUGAAGAUGAUCAAUACUUUAAUUUUCCAAUGAAAGCACGUCGUGAAUUGCUUGACAAACUUCAUAAUGCUGGUGUAAAGUAUGUUUUUGCUGGACAUUAUCAUAGAAAUGCAGGCGGCUUUCAUGGUGAUUUAGAAAUGAUAGUUACAAGUGCCAUUGGAUAUCCUCUUGGUAAUGACAGUAAUGGAGUACGUAUUGUCACUGUUCAAGAGGACAAAAUUACCCAUUCUUUUUUAAAAUUGGAGGAUGCUCCCAAAAAUGUUUAUGUUUAGUGUAGGAGAGCUCUUGUCUUUGUGUGCUACAGCCUACACUGCUAAUUUAUGCUGCAGGUCAAUUAAUGCUGGAGGUCAGGUUUUCAUUUGCAAGUCAAUCAUUAAAUUUGGUAAAUUAAUGAUCCUUGGUCAGUUGGUCUGUAAUGUUGUUUUUAUGAAUGGUAGGCAAUGUUAAGGUGUAUUUUGUUUUGCUCAUAAUUAAACAUAAUUUUAAGACUAACUUUUUCUUCCAUUGCCAAAUGGUUAGAAGAACUUACUUAAGUUUGCUCUUGCUGAUAAGAUUUGAAAGGCCAAACUAGUUAAUUUUGAUAGACAAACAUUUAUCAAUUGAUUUCUAUGUACUCUCUUAGUUUUUUGAUGCUCUUAAAAAAUCAAGCAAGGAGUUCACAAGUGUAUAAGGAUUUUGCAUGUUCUUGCUGUAUGAGAAUGUUUCAAUUUAUAAAGAUUAUACUUUGGUUGGAGUAAA